UGUAAUUUAAACGUUAGAAUAUUCAUAAGCGGGAAGAAGAUAAAGCAUGUCUUCUAGACUUUUACAGACAGUUCUGUUGAUUACUGUAUUGCUGGAAUCAAUUUCAUAUGAAUUAUGCUGCCCAAGCGAUAUACAACGUAAUAUAAGAGCAAAUAAGUAUUGCAAUAGAAGUGAGAGUUAUCUUUGUUUGUACGAUGACAACACGAAGCACAACAGAGAGUCAUGUAGAAAUAAGCCCGAGUUUGAAAUACCUGGAUACAAGUUUAUAAUUGUUGGGACAUUACAAGGAGUUCCAUGUGACAGCAAUAGGUAUCAACCGAUUCGAUUUUGGACCAAUGAGAAUUCUGAAUGUGUGUUCAAAACAUCAAAAUGCAAUGGUAUUGGACAACUUAUGUACAAAAAAGGAACAGGUACUGAAGACACGGCAUGUAGAUGUGAUUAUGCUAAUGGCUAUGAUUUCGUCAUUACACCGAAAAAUCCAUGUAUGUGUUUGCCGGAGAUGGAAGAUUGUACGUGUUACUUAAGGAAAUGUUCUGUUGGAGAAGUUCUUACUCCAGGUAUGCUCAUCUUUCUGCUGGUAGCAUACUGCCCUCAACACCAGAGCAUUGAUGACGACGAUUCAUGGUUCAACAAAGAAAUUAUGAACAAUAUCCUAAAUAAGGAAAAACUAAAUUGGAAAGAGAAAACGGAAAAGUUUGUCAGUACAAGAGCCACAAAAGUAAUUUUGGAGAAAAUUCAGAACCACAACUGUGUAUUAAUAAGUGGGCCUCCAGGCGUUGGUAAAACGGCAAAUGCAUAUUGUGUGGCCUUUAUUUUAGAGAAAACCUAUAAAUGCAUGGUAAUUGAAGUAAAUGCUAGUGAUCUACAUAAGUAUGCCUUGUCAAGUAUGAACCAAGUGUUUAUAAUUGAUGACGUUUUUGGGAAAUAUUGCUGUGAUACAGAUUUCAGGCUUAUUUGUUCCUCUUUAAAAACAGUUUUAGAUUACCAUGCUAACACAAAAAUAAUAAUGACCUGUAGAUCGCAGACAUAUCAUUUGGUGCAGAAUCAACUUGCUUUGGAGAAUAUCUCCUUUGAACAUUGCGAUUUUCUCUUAUAUGACCUUCAGUUAUCCGUAGACGAAAGAAAGGAAAUUGGUGAAUCUUACAUAAAGAGGGGAAUAAUUAGUGUACUUAAAGAUAAUAUUUGCAUGUUAUACAGCUUUUUUCCAUGUAUUUGCAUAAUUUUAGCAGCUUGUAAAGAAAAUGAAAACUUUUUUACAUAUCCGUCCAGUUAUAUAGCGUACGAAGUCAACAAUAUUAAACUGAAAUCUAAUGAGACCUACUUAGUGUUAGCUCUGCUAGUUGUUUUAGACAAUGUUGUAGAAGAAAUUGUACUAGAUGAACAUAAUGUUAAGACCGACGUCAUGCUUAGAGAUAUAGUUACAGAGGCAGGAAUUUUGCAAACUCCUUCUAAAGGCUUAUUGUUAUCUUUUCUGAGAUCAUUAGAUGGUACAUUUGUUAAGAAGUGUGAUCACGGUUUUACAUUUAUGCAUAAAUACAUGUUUAACAUGAUGGUUGGUUGUAUUGGUCACAAUUUUAUAAGAAGUAUACUAAAAUAUGGAUCAAUUGGUUUUGUUCAGACGAGAAUACAAUUGGCCUUUUUAGAAGAAAUUGUUGGCAGUUUCAUGAUUAGUGUUACUCCAGAUUUGUACAAUGAAUAUUUCGCUCGAUUAACAAGCGACAUCAGUCAUGGAAAUGUAACUACUGUGUUUGCAAACAAGCAAAUGUGUUCAGGUCAGUUUCGAAAGGAAAUGUUACCACACUUUGAAAAACAUUUGAAGGCUGAAGAUAUAGUUGAUGCUAAAGACAAAUCGACUGUUAUUCAUAAAGUGUCAUCAUCGGGUUUUACGGAUUUAUUAGCAUAUUUUGUGAAAAAAGACAUGCCAAACAUUAAUAAACAAGACAUUCAUGGGAAAACAGCUCUUCAUUUGGCUGUAUUGCAUAGACAUCAGCACAUCGCUGAAAUUCUUUUACAACAAAAAGCGGACGUGCAUCUCCGGGACAAUGACAAUCGCGCUGCGAUUCAUAUAGCUUGUAACAAUGGUAACCUACAUAUGACAGAUUUGUUAAUAAAACAUAAGGCACACACAAAUAAGAGAGACAUACAUGGACUCACCCCACUACAUCUGGCAUGUAUAAGAGGCCAUACUGAAGUCGUAGAACUGCUUGCACAGGCGAAGGCAAAAAUGAAUAAAUCUGAUGAUAUUGGAAGAACACCAUUGUAUGUGGCUUGCGAAAUGAAUAAUGUUGACACAGUUAAUUUCCUCGUACAUCACCUUUCACUAAAGGAUAUUCAUAGUGAAGACAACAAAAACGGUUUUACACCACUUCAUAUUGCAUGUGAUAAAAAACAUACAGAUAUAGUAGAUACAUUGCUGAAAUACGGUGCAAACGUAAAUAGACCUUCAAAGAAUAAUGACACACCAAUGAAAAUUGCAAAACGGCAUGGAAAUACAGUUAUUAUCAAACUUUUGCGGAAAUAUGAAGAGAUAAACACGGUACAAAAGUGA